GACGUCAAGGCUACUACGCUGCGUGAUGAUGAAUUGAAGGGAGGGACGUGGUUAAAAUCAACAAACAGGAUAGAAAGGACUAAUUUCGAAGUGAAGAUUCACUCACUCGCGAUGGCUGGUGCGUGUUUAGGCGCCUGCGGAUCCUUCACCUUCUUGGUGUUCUGCUUCGUCCAUCUAGGACCGCCGAAUUACGCGGACGCCACGCAAUGCCUCAACGGCGGUCGCAGCCGCCGGCACAGCCGGCAAUUCGGCGAGCCGCACUGCAUCUGUCCGGCCGGAUACGAAGGUCCUCGGUGCGAAUCCGACGUGGACGAGUGCCUGACCGAGAACCGCUGCACGCACGACUGCGUCAACACCUUAGGAUCCUACCGCUGCUCCUGUCAUCCGGGCUACCAGCUCGCCGGUGACGGCGCUUCCUGUUUCCGCAUUGAAGUACAGGAAAUACAUGAUUGUGGCAUUGACAAUGCCGGUUGCGAGCACAACUGUCGCCUCACUCUGUCCGGGCCGGAGUGUACCUGCCGCGAGGGCUACAGACUUCUCUCUGACAAGAAGUCUUGCGAAGACAUCGACGAGUGCUUGGAACAGCCGGACCGUUGUGAGCAUCGCUGCCAAAACUUGGACGGUUCCUUUCGGUGCACGUGUCCGGUGGGCUUGCAACUCGCCGAAGACGGCAGGACUUGCAAACUGACUCAAUGUCCGGCAGGGCUAUUUGGUGAGAAAUGUGAGCACGCAUGUCGUGCCUGCAAACACGGCACGUGUGAUUCAGCCGCUAAAAUAUGUCGCUGCCAGCCAGGAUACGUCGGAGAAUUUUGCGACGCGAAGUGUCCCCAGGGUAUGUACGGCAUUGACUGCAAGGAGAAAUGCCUCUGCAACGCCUCUGCCCUGUGCAAUCACAAGACAGGCCGCUGCAGCUGUACACCGAACGGGAACGGCAAGCAUCGCUGUCACGACGUGUGCCCCUUCGGACGUUUCGGUGAUAGGUGCGAGCGCCUGUGUCCCGAGGACUGCCCGAGCGGCCGCUGUCACCGACGUUUCGGCUACUGCGAGUGUCCCCCCGCCAGCCACGGCCGAUUCUGCAACCUCCCGUGCGCACCAUUCACUUACGGGCCCAGCUGUGCCAGGGCAUGCAAAUGCGACCGCGCCAACACCCUGCGGUGCGACCCCGUGAACGGGGAGUGUGUGUGCCGAGAGGGUUUCACGGGAAGCAAGUGCAAGCACCAUUGCCCGAGGGGAACGUGGGGAGCCCAGUGUGCCCACAGGUGCAACUGCUCCGGCUGCGAUCCCGUCACCGGAGAGUGCAACCCACCCAUUGCGGACUGCGAACGGUCCGGUGAAUGCAGCCAAGCCAUCUUCUUCAAGAAGAGUUAG